UUCUUUACCGAAGACAACCUUGCAGGUGUUAUUCCCACUUUCUGACUCUAUUCUUGUAUCCUUCUCCACGUUUUUUAGUUGAUCCGUUCUGAUUUAGAUGCAGAAAUUCGGACUCUGGCUGCUUCAGUGCUGACUGAGGAAUGAGAUUUGUGCGACUUUAAAGGGGAUCAGUGUUUUGUAAUGAUCGUCUCUAUUUUUUUUUUUUUUUUCCUCCCUCUGUGCGCCUGCCUAUUAUUAGCUACGAAGGCCUUACAAUAAGUGGAAGAGGCUCCAUGACGGCGGGAGCUGCAGCUCAGCAAGCAGCACCGGCCGCCGGCAGCCUUCACAGCAGCCUCCCGGCAGCGCAGUCGCGUUGCCCGCUCUGAUCCGGACCGGGCUUUUCUCGGUCGGCUAUUUUCCCCAGCCCUCGGUUCCCUUUGCCCCGAAGAUGACGCUGAAUACGAGCAGCCGUCAGGUGCGAGCCGCAUCCCAUGGAGCCCUGCUUUGCGACUCGCCCGUCCAGCCUAAUGCAGCGCUUCCCUUUGUUGCGGUAAGGAGGGUUUCGUGCAGCGUUUAGUCUGGCAGCGGAAUCGAACUGCUUUUUAAUCCUUUAUCGCUGGUUUUGCGCUGGAGUCGCUCGGAGCCGGAUAAACAGGGCUCAGGAGUCAGUGACGGGGCGUUACAUAACGUGUAAUGCAGCAAAGCCUCAUGACUAGUUUGUCUCGGUGCUGGAGAGACAGUUCGCUCCUCAUGGUCCCAGUUGACAGAUACUGACAUGGACUAUGAGAGGCCAAACGUUGAAACUAUCAAGUGUGUGGUGGUGGGAGACAAUGCCGUUGGAAAGACCCGCCUCAUCUGCGCCCGGGCCUGCAACGCCACGCUCACUCAGUACCAGCUACUCGCUACGCAUGUGCCCACAGUUUGGGCCAUUGAUCAGUACAGAGUAUGCCAAGAGGUGUUAGAGCGCUCCAGAGAUGUAGUGGAUGAUGUAAGUGUGUCCCUUCGGCUAUGGGAUACUUUUGGAGAUCAUCAUAAGGACAGGCGCUUUGCAUACGGCAGGUCCGAUGUUGUUGUGCUAUGCUUCUCCAUCGCCAACCCCAACUCUCUGUACCACGUGAAGACCAUGUGGUACCCAGAGAUCAAGCACUUCUGUCCCCGCGCUCCGGUCAUCUUGGUAGGCUGUCAGCUGGACCUGCGCUACGCCGAUCUGGAGGCAGUGAACAGGGCACGGAGGCCUUUAGCCAGACCUAUAAAAUCUAAUGAGAUUCUACCACCAGAGAGAGGCCGCGAGGUGGCCAAAGAGUUGGGUGUCCCAUAUUACGAAACCAGUGUUGUUGCUCAGUUCGGCGUCAAGGACGUCUUUGACAACGCCAUCCGAGCCGCUCUCAUCUCUCGCCGUCAUCUGCAGUUUUGGAAAUCUCACCUCAGAAAUGUCCAGCGACCUCUGCUCCAAGCGCCCUUCCUGCCACCCAAACCUCCCCCGCCUAUUAUCACUGUGCCACCUCCCCCCUCCACCACAGAAGAGCACCCGGCGGGUCUUCUGGAGGACCCACACUGUGCUGAUGUCGUCCUGGUCCUGCAGGAGCGACAGAAGAUCUCUGCGCACAAGAUAUACCUGGCCACAUCCUCCUCAAAGUUCUAUGACCUGUUUAGUAUGGACACACAUAAUGAGGAGAGUGAAAGGCCCCCCCGCGGCCCUCUCUCUGGUCGAGAGCUGCUGAUGCGCGCCGCUAGCUUUGAUGUUUGCGAGAGCAGUGACGACGGCGACAGGGCCAACUUGAGGGCGUGCACGAGUGACGGGACCCUGAAGGACUCCGACAGGGCCCGGCGGGGCAGGGUGCUCUCCUCAUGGAGUCGAGCCUUCGUCAGCAUCCAGGAGGAGCUGGUGGACGACCCUGUGACAUACACGCCCAGAUUCAUGACUGUAGUACACAUGGACCAGUCGAUCCAGCUGGGCCCUUUUCGAGCUGUGCUCCGCUACCUGUACACCGGUCAGCUGGAUGAGAACGAGAAGGAGCUCAUGCAGAUUGCCCACAUCGCUGAGCUGCUGGAGGUCUUUGAUCUGCGGAUGAUGGUGGCGAACAUACUCAACAAUGAAGCCUUCAUGAACCAGGAAAUCACCAAAGCCUUCCAUGUACGCCGCACAAACCGAGUCAAAGAGUGCUUGGCUAAAGGCACCUUUUCUGACGUGGUUUUCAAGCUGGAUGACGGGACGAUAAUGGCCCACAAGCCUUUGCUCAUCUCUAGUUGUGACUGGAUGGCAGCUAUGUUUGGUGGACCUUUUGUUGAGAGCUGCACAAAAGAGGUGUUGCUUCCCAACACAACCCGAAGCUGCAUGAGGGCUGUGCUGGAGUAUCUGUACAUGGGUAGGUUUUGCUCCCGGCCUGACUUGGAUGCAAUGGAGCUCAUUGUGCUUGCCAAUCGUCUUUGCCUCCCCCACCUGGUCGCUCUCACAGAGCUCUACACAGUAACAGUGUUGACAGAGUCGGCCAUGAUGGGGACGGAUAUAGAUGGCGAUGUGCUGAUAUACUUGGAUAUGGCCCAGUUCCAUGGAGCCCAGCAGCUGACUGGAUGGUGUCUGCACCACAUCUGCACCAACUACAACAGCGUCUGCCGCAAGUUUCCCCGUGAAAUGAAGGCAGAGUCCACAGAGAAUCAAGAAUACUUUGAGAAACAUCGCUGGCCACCAGUUUGGUACUUGAAGGAAGACGACCACUACCAAAGAGCGCGCAAAGAGCGUGAAAAAGAAGACUACCUGUACCAGAGGCGGCAGUGUAAACGCAAGUGGCUCUUCUGGAACCUUCCCUCCUCCCCAAACUCAAACUCCCCCUCCGGAUCAUCUGCCAUCAUUUGACAGGGUGGUAAGGGCAGGGUCCGCCCUGGAGUGCAUCUGUGUGUUUGCAAGUUGUAAAGGAUACAAUAGAAGAAUAAGCGCUGAGAGCUUGGCAUACUCCAAACAGUCAGGCAGACUGUUUCUCCUUCUGCCUGUGUGGGUGCUCCAGGUCUGCAACGUCAGCUCAGAGCCGUGAUUAAAAUAAAAAAGUUUAUUCCCCACAAUUUCAGCUCUGUACAUGUAAAAGUCAAACCUCAGCGAUAUAUACACCUUUUGUCACAUAUGACACAGUGUAAAGAGCAAAUAUCAGAUCUUGUGUAUUCUUAUAUAUUCCCAAAUUAGAGUUUUAAACGUAAAAAAACCACAACUCUACUGGCACAGAACUGUCCACUUGUGGCUAUAGAUAUUAUCAGUAACCUGAGCUGACAACUAAGUGCUGCUUACCAGCUGUGACAACCAGCAAUUCAACACUAACUUAAGUCUCAGAGAUAUUACACUUUGCCCUUAAGUGUUUGUACAAUCUGCCAAACCGUGUGUUGAUUAUGAUUUCACAAACAGGAUGUUACAAACGUAUAGCCUGCCUGGAAAGAGCAAACUGUCAUUCAGUCAUUCAUUCUGGUCAUUUUUUUUAAUUACAAUCAUGUCUGCAAAACAACAACAAUAACAACAGCAAAACAAAAGCACUUCUAUUCCUGUUAUUUUUGUAUUUUUAUUCAACUUUGCAGGAUUUGUACAGCAAGCUUGCACAGCUUAAACUAGUAUCUCUUGACACACUAACCACUUACAUAUCGUGAUCUUUUGGUCUGUGGCUUUUUGUCACAUAAGGGCUUAAGCUCACACGAAUGCAUUCAGUGUCCUCUGACGCACAGGAUCCCUGAUCAAGAGGUUUCUUUUCUUUAAGUUGCCCCUGAAUGCAGCCAGCCAGCGCCACCACUAUUCUAAAUGGGUUGCUCUUUGGCUUUAGAAGAUAUUCCUUGCUUCAGUAGAGGAAGUCCCUUUGACUGAAUGUGGUUAUAUAUGAGGGGGGUGGGGUUAUAACUGGAUGAUGUAAUCCGUACUCUUCAACACCGCCACAAGCACUUUCUGGACCUGAGAGACACACGUGAACUUCCAGUGGCAGCAAACUGCUGAGCAGCAUUAGACUGUAUUGUGCUACGUGACGAGGAACAGGAAAGACAAGUCCAAGACUUUUAAAUUGUGUCCGUUACUUUUGUGAAUAUUGAAGCAUCUUUCUGGAUUUGUUUUGCACACCUCGCUGUAUAACAUAUUCAAGAUUGUCAUCUGCUGCUGCGCUUGAUUGUACGAUGGGCUUCAGAGUGAUUCAGAUUUGCAGGCAUGGUGCUGAGGGAGGGUGGGUAAUAUUGUAAAUUGUAUUAAAUAUCAGACUCUAAUGUGCUGCUGUUACCUGACAUUGUGCACUGCUGGCAGUGAGCAAAAAUCUUACAGUAUUCCAGAAAAUAGGCUGAUCAAAAUUGUAUUUAGUUACUGUGCAGCUACUUGUUGAAAAAAUAAAAAAAUAUAUAUAUAUUGUGCUGACUUCCAGCUAUAUCUGUUACAUACUUUAGUGUACAUGCAAAUUAUAGGCAGGUAAAUUUAACAGUGGAUUACAUGUAAAAUAGAUUUGCGACAUAAAGUAGACAUAUGCAUAUACAAAUGAUAUCCUAAAACUAUAUGUUACAUCUUUAAAUCAUGCCGGUGUUUUAGGAAAACAGAUUUCUCAUUGCAGCAUUUGCAUAUGGAGCGGAAAUUAUAGAAAGCUUUUUUUUAAAUAUUGUGUACCAUCGUUCUUCUGACGGACCGGGCAUGCAGGGUCUUGCAAAGUUAUUCAUACCCCUUUAAACUUUUCAUAUGUUGUAACAUUACAGCAAAUUUGAAUAUAUUUAGAUUGUUGUGUAAUAUGGUCGGUGGUUUCUGAUAGCAACCACCCUGCACCGGAUGUUAUAUGGGUAUUGGAGUACCUGGGUGUACAGAUUUUCCUUCCACCUCACAAUUACACACCACGCUAUGUUUGCCUGUCAAAAAUAAAUUACUAUCCGGAGACUAGUGGUUGUAAUGUGAAAAAAUAUAGAAAAAAUUAAGAGGUAUGAAUACUUGUAAAGGCUCUGUAUGUUUGGAGCCCCCCCUCCCAAAAAAGAAAAGAAAAACAAUUAACCAAAAAAAGACUGUAUGUUUAUUGGUAAUAAAACCUUGCUUGUAUUUACGGCUGACCUUAUAAAUAAACACCACAAAUGGAUCCUCACAAUAGAAUACUUGAUAGCUUUUAAAAUAUGAGAUUUAGAUAAGAGAUGGGCUGUUGCUCUAAGCAGCAGCUUUAAAUUAUUUUCAGAGAAAUCUUGCUAAUGUUAAUUUAAAAUACGUCUUUUGUUUUUAUUAACAUAAAAGAUAUUUUAGCACAGAUUCUUGUUUAGAAACAUUGUAGAGCAAAACGUAUAGUUAUCCUGAAUGUUCUAAGUAUAUUUUAAUUAUUAUGUUUAGUAGGAUAACUGCUGGAAGGUCUGUAAAGUUAUAUGAUUUGCCUUUAUAGUGAGACAGCUGAUCUUCUUAGAUAUAUAUUUCAUUUCAUUGCAUUUCUCAGUGAUUCUUCUGUUGAUGUUUUGCAUCAACAACACCUCAUGCCUUAAUGUACAGUGUAUUGUAGUAUAUGGUGUCGAAUGUAAAGUUACGUAACUGUGGUCACCAACUUGUUUGCUGUCUCUUAAGCUGCCUGGCGCUCUCUGAUCUGUAAACGUGCACAAACCAUAAUCUGGAUCUAAAGCAACCCGUUUUAAGUUCGAUUAGUUUGCUAUAGUUUGAAUAUUGCAAUAUUAAAAAAAAAACAGAAAAACAAAUCUCACCAAGGCCAGACUACACUAAGGACAAAUAUCCAAAUUAUGACACUUACCAUGAAAUGAAUGCAGGGAUUUCACAUUCAUUUCACAGUUUUAGAGUUUCCUU